GGUUACAGUCCAUGGCAUCACAAAGAGUCAGACAUACUGAACGCAUGCAGUUUGCUUCUUCGAGCAUUUAUACUCAAUAAGGCUACCCAUUUGGGUGCAGGUGAAAUUCAAGUUGCCCAUGCUAUAUUGCACAUUUUAAAAACAUUCUUUUAUUCUAGCACACACAGUUUCUCUUUUUCAGGCAUCUUUUCAAACAUUGGUUCAUGGGGAAAAAGUAAUCAUAUAGGGAAUUCUUGGUCAUGUUAAUAUUUACCAUUUAGCUAUUUUGUCUGACACUAUUCUAAAUGAUUUACAGACACAAUAUUGUUUUAUUUUCCCAAGCACGUCAUGAUGUCUGCUUGUAUUGAUAUCCUCAUUUUAUAGAAACUGGAGCCCAAGUGCCUUCAGCCUAUAAACUUCAGAACAAGGAUUUAUACCCUGAGCUGUCUGGAUUAAAAUGCGUACUCUUUCCCACUGAAUGAUGUCAAAAGGUUAGGAGCCAUGGCUCUACCUGGGGCCCAGGUGCUUGGGAACCCUUUAUGGGCUGUUCUGCCCAGCACUUUGGAAUGCAAACUCCCUUGAGCAAGCCCUUGUUGGCAUAGUUUCACCAGUAGCCUGUCUUAGGUAGUUAGCGAAUAUUAAAAUAGUCCUAAUAAUAAAAUAGCGCUUGGUCAACCGUGUAGCCCCCUUACUGAGGGGAGGAGGAGAAUAGCUCACUUUCCCUGGAGGGCCUGAGAAAGAUCAGUUUACAGGCGUCAGCAUGGGGUGUAACCCUUCUUCCUUCUCUCCAUCUUGGCACUGGCACGUGCUUCUUGUGACCAUCAUCUCCCAUUAGCCCAUGGUCUGGGCAGAAACCAUGAACAGGGCUCUUUUUCUCCCCCACCCCAAACACGCUCAGUCCUUUCACUGACCUCAGUCCUUUCACAGCUUCUGAUUGGAGGCUGGUUGCUGCAGAUAAUGACCUCCAAGACCCCUCUGUGGGUUACAGCCUGUUUGUUAAGACACAUGCAGCGGGGAGCAAGGAAAAGGAAAAGAGCAGUAUUUUCAACAUCCCCAGGAACCAGAAGCACAGAAGACUGGCAGCAUUCCAGCCACCUGCAUGGGCCCAGGGCUGGCAGCUUCCCAUGUGUCCUUUCCAGACAGUCUGCUCGCUAAGAUGAGGGAUCUUCUUCAGUAUGUUGCCUGCUUCUUUGCGUUUUUCUCCGCUGGGUUCUUGGUUGUGGCCACCUGGACAGAUUGUUGGAUGGUGAAUGCAGAUGACUCCCUGGAGGUGAGCACAAAAUGCCGAGGCCUCUGGUGGGAGUGUGUCACAAAUGCUUUUGAUGGAAUUCGCACCUGUGAUGAGUAUGAUUCUAUACUUGCUGAGCACUCCUUGAAGCUGGUGGUAACUCGGGCGCUGAUGAUUACUGCAGAUAUUCUAGCUGGAUUUGGAUUUAUUACCCUGCUCUUUGGACUUGACUGCGUGAAAUUCCUCCCUGACGAGCCAUACAUCAAAGUCCGCAUCAGCUUUGUUGCUGGAACCACAUUACUAAUAGCAGGUGCCCCAGGAAUAAUUGGCUCUGUUUGGUAUGCCGUUGAUGUUUAUGUAGAACGUUCUUCUCUGGUUUUGCACAAUAUAUUUCUUGGCAUCCAAUAUAAAUUUGGUUGGUCCUGUUGGCUUGGAAUGGCUGGUUCUUUGGGUUGUUUUUUGGCUGGUGCUAUCCUCACAUGCUGCUUAUACCUCUUCAAAGAUGUUGGACCUGAGAGGAGCUAUCCUUAUUCCACAAGGAAAGCCUAUUCAACCACAGCUGUUUCCAUGCCCCGGUCACAUGUGAUCCCUCGAACACAGACUGCCAAAAUGUAUGCUGUCGACACCAGGGUGUGAAAUGACAUGUGUCAGUCUGUAUAUAUAUGUUGUUUAACUAAUCAGUGAGUUCAAAUUAACCAAAUAGCAGGCCUAUCCAGGAACAGACAUCUAGGCCUCAAGUCCAACUAAAUUAAUUGCUCAGCUUACUCAAAAAAUUAGUCUCCUGUAUGGGGCUGGUGCACUGGGACGACCCAGAGGGAUGGUAUGGGGAGGGAGGAGGGAGGAGGGUUCAGGAUGGGGAACACAUGUAUACCUGUGGUGGAUUCAUUUUGAUA